AGCGGCGGCGGGCGGAGUUCCGCCGCAAUGGCGGCCAUGGCAGCGGAGGAGGAGGAGUACGAGGCGGUGCUGUGCGUGAAGCCGGCGGUACACGUCUACCGGGUGCCGCCGCGGGCCUCCAACCGCGGCUACAGAGCUGCAGAGUGGCAGCUGGACCAGCCGGCGUGGAGCGGCAGGCUGCGGAUCACGGCCAAGGGCAAGAUCGCUUUCAUCAAGCUGGAGGACAAGACCUCGGGAGAGCUUUUUGCCCAGGCGCCAGUGGAGCAGUUCCCUGGCAUUGCUGUGGAGAGCGUGACGGACUCCAGCAGAUAUUUUGUCAUCCGGAUUGAAGACGGGAACGGCCGCCGUGCUUUCAUCGGAGUCGGCUUUGUCGACCGAGGGGAUGCCUUUGAUUUCAACGUGGCUCUCCAAGACCAUUUUAAGUGGGUGAGGCAGCAGAGCGAGCUGGCCAAACAGGCCGAGAACCCUGAUCAGGGACCCAAACUGGAUCUGGGCUUCAAGGAGGGGCAAACCAUCAAACUGAACAUUGCGAAUAUGAAGAAAAAGGAAGGAGCAGCGGGGAAUGCCAGACCACGUCCCGCGGGUCCUGGGGGCCUGAGCUUGCUCCCACCACCUCCCGGAGGAAAAUCUGCUCCGGUUUGUCCUUCGGGAGAGCGGCCGUCUUCACUCUCUGUGCCUGCCCAGCUCCCAGGCACCCCCAUCACAGACUCCCUCUUGUCCUGGCCGCAGCCCGCUGCUGCUCCCUCCGCCGCCGCCGCCGAUGUCUGGGGAGACUUUGCCAAAGCUUCGGGGUCGGCUUCUAACCAGACUCAGGCAAACACAGGCUGGGUUCAGUUCUGAUCCAGGCCCCCCCCAUCUGCGGGAUCAUCAUGAUUCCUUCAGGACCAAAGCCGGGGCUUCGGGACACCCCACUCCUGCCCUUAAAUCCCCGGCCCCGGCAUCAAAAUACUGAAAUAAGCGCUGGAGAGCAAAUGAGCACGUGCCUUAAAACACUCCACACCAGCACCCUCCACCUCGGGGGGGGGGGGCUUUUAUUUUCUACCUGGAUCGCAGUAAACCUCUGAGGCUUUUUUCUGCAAAAAAAAAAAAAAAAAGCUGCCAGCUUUGUCACCUCUCUGUAAUAACGAGAGGGCAAGCGAGUGCGCAGAGCAGGACUCCUGCUCGCAGCGCUGCCCCAAUUAGGGUAAUUUUCGCUAAAGUUUCAUGCACUAGAGCCUCCCCAGAGUCUUCUCUGUUUUCUCCUCACAUAUUUGGGCUGGAUAAAUCCUUCCCUCGGCGGGGACCAUCCUCUUGGAGACAUCUCGCCUGCGAUACCCAGACAAACGCCCUGCCGAGGCGCCGAGCGUCACCCCGUUUUUUUUUUUUCUGAGCACUUAACUGUGAUGCAGGAGUCGGAUGCUGCGUUUCGAUGCUGAAAUUCCUCAUUUCUUGAUCUGGGAAGUUUGUUUUUUUUUCUUCUCUGUUUUGAAGAGAGAUUUUUACUUCUUUCUGCGGACAUUUUAUUAAACAAUAUAUGCAAUGAAGGACAGAAUGGAGUCGGUCUCUUUGACAGAGCUGGGGUUGAGCUUCCUUUUUAAACGAAUAAAUAUUUUCUUACCUAUUUAUA